ACGUGCGUCUCAAAAACCUCUUCCCCACACCUUCAACAAACGGUCCUGGUGCCAACACUUCACUUCACUUCUCAUUCUCACAAUCAGCUGAUUUAGAACCCAAUCAUCCAUCAUGCCUAACCUCUCUGGUUCAUGGACUCUGGCCAAACAUGAUUCGUUGGAUGCUGUCCUGGAUAAGCUCCAAGUUCCUGCUGACAAACGCCCUCCAGGAACCAUCACCGGACUCAGUAUGACCAUCACUCAGAAUGGCGACAACUUCACCGUCAAAACUGUAGCACAGCGUGGCACCCGUGAGACUACCUUCGCCGUGGGAACUACUUUCGAGACCGAGCUUCUCAUGGGCACCAUCACCGUUAAGGUGACUGCUGCAUGGGACGGUGACUGUCUGGUUCUUACCGGUGAGAAGGGCGCCAAACUCACCCGUCAAAUAGUUGGAGAUCAACUCGUCUCAACCAUCGACGUCGGCGGUACCUGUGCCAAAUUCUAUUUCAGCAAAUAGAAUGAUGAACUCUUUAUCGUCUGCAACAUAUAGUUGAUGAAGAAAGACUGUACAUAAUUGUGGAAAUCACAUUUCUCUAUAUAGUGAAAAGAAAUUAUCGAUAUUCUCUAUUUUUCCCAACCGAAUUCUUGAGGUUAUAUAGCAGUGAAUAAGAAAAUAACCUUUUGUUGGUAAUAUUCUGCUAUAUACCUCAGCAUGAAUGACAUCACAAUACACACCCGAAUGGACCGUUUGUAAAUAAAAUAAUAGAACUAAAAACGUUCUGCUAUCAUGAUAUGAAUAGUUAAAA